AUGGCUCUCCCCAACCUCCGCCGCCUCUUUGUGGAAGCGCGAACAGAAGCUGAAGAGAACGAAUACUCUCGAAACGCCUUCUAUAAUCUGGUUCUGUUCAUUUCAUCGGUCGCUGUCUUCAGCCUCGUUGCACAGCGCAUGAGCGGGAAC